AUGUCGAACAAACAGGGCAAGAUGAUCAACUACCGGAUGAGAGUCACUCUCAACGAUGGCCGCCAGAUGACCGGACAGAUGCUUGCUUUCGACAAGCACAUGAACCUCGUUCUCGCCGAUACUGAGGAGUUCCGACGCGUCAAGAUCAGGCAAAACAAGCCUGCUGCCCCUGGAAGCUCUGGCUCGAGCCAGACGAUCGAAAAGGAGGAGAAGCGCACGCUCGGUUUGACCAUCGUCCGUGGCGCCCACAUCGUGUCGCUGUCCGUUGAGUCGGAGCCUCCCGCAGACCCCAGUGCCAGGCUUGGAAAGAGUGCGCCGGGAGGAAUCUCGUCGACUCUUGCUGCUGGUCCUGGUGUCGCGAGACCUGCUGGCAGAGGUGCUGCCCCUGUCCCCCCUUCUCUGGCCGGCCCUGCUGCUGGUGUUGGAGGCGGCGCUCCCCCCGGCUUCCCUGGUUUCCCUGGUGCUCCGCCGUUUGGUGGACGUGGAGGUGUCUUCGAGGGCGACAACGACAUUGACGUUGCCUGUGCAAUCAAGUGCCCCUACGGAACGGGGAAGGACAAUGACCUUCACCUGGUGCGACUGGUUAACCAGACCGACAUGAUGGCCCCUCCUGAAGUCCGGGAAUUCUACAAGACCUCUGAGUACCGCGAGGAGUUGGACGCAAUCAUCAUGUCAACCCGCGAGAAGCUGUACACGGGCCUGGGCGACCAACUUUUCACCACACCGUGCUCUUGA